CCACAUCAAAUAACGGCGUUGCUGCAAUCGUUUUCCCGUCAAAUAUGGAAGAAGUGGUUGUUGUACCUGAAUGUUCUCCCGAGUUGAAGCCUGUGGUUGGUCAGAAAUUCCAAUCCUUGGACUUUGCUUUCGCUUGCUACGAGGUAUAUGCUCGAGCUGUUGGAUUUGAAACGCGCAAACAAGCUAUGAGGAAGGUUGACGAUGUCACGACGUGGUAUCGUGUUGUAUGCAAUAGGGAAGGAAGGAAGAAGGGUGAUGAGGACGACCAGUUGAAUGCCCGUUCUGGUUUCACUAUAAAGCGUAGGAAGUUAUCUAAGCGGUGUGGUUGCAUGGCUAGCAUAUCGUUUAGGUUUUUCUCGAAAGAUUGCUUGUCAGGUUACAUAAUUGAGGAGUUCAGUGAGAGUCAUAACCAUCACAUGGUUGAAACGGAACAUCAGCAUUUCAUGAUGAGUAAUCGCAAGUUGGAUGAUGUACAUCAUAAAUUCAUCCUCGAUUGUUCCAAGGCUAAUAUAGGACCCACGCUCACAUUUAAGGUGUUGAAGGAAAUUCUUGGUGGGUUUGACCUAGUUGGUUGCACUGUUGGGGAUAUCAGGAAUGCCUCACGGGACAUCAAAGCAUACGCACAGGGAUUUGAUGUGCAAAUGGUGUUGGAUGAUAUGGCUAAGAAGAAGGAGUUGUCUGAGGCGUUCACCUAUCACUACGAAGUUAACGAAUCCGACCAGUUGGUUGCCCUCUUUUGGUGCGACGGUUUGAUGAAGCAAAAUUACCACAUGUUUGGUGAUAUUGUCAGCUUCGACUCCACGUACAACACAAACAGGUACUGUAUGAUCUUCACCCCUUUCACUGGAAAGGAUAAUCAUGGUAGUCCUGUGACAUUUGCGGCCGGAUUGGUGUGCAGCGAGAAAACCGGGGCUUUUGCUUGGUUGUUCAGACAUUUUGUAGAUUGUAUGGGUGUAGCACCCAGGAUGAUUGUGACCGAUCAAGAUUUGGGUAUGAGGUCAGCGAUUGAAGAGGUCCUAGUUGGCACACGUCACCGAGAAAAGUUUCACCAAUUUAAAAUUCAGCAUCAUAUGACAGAGAAGGUUUGA